GCAAAAGUGUGUGCUCCCCGCUUUAAUUCAGAGUUUAUUUUUUUUACCUCACAUUAGAAGAAAAGAGAUAAACUCUGAAUUAGUGCAGUCAGUUCAGCUGAAAAGAGCAGAAAAGAGCAGAUCUCUAUAGUCAUUUUUGUUUCGUUCACGAAGAAUUAAAUGCUUCCCGAAUUGAACACGUGUUGAAAAAUUUAUCAUGGAUAAUAAAAAUAAAAUACAAUAUUUAAUUGUCGACACGAGUGCCUUUAUAAGGAAUGCUGCUUUGCAGGACAUUGGAGUCAACAUUUUGACAGAACAGGCUGUCGUCGAUGAAAUUACGAACAAAAGACAAUUACGAAGAUUGGUUGUAUUACCAUAUGACUUGAAAGUUCAAGAGGCUUUCACAGAAAAUAUUAAAUUUGUGACUGAAUUUUCUAAGAAAAGUGGUGAUUAUACCAGCUUGUCUGCUACAGACAUCAAAGUAAUUGCUCUCACUUAUCAGCUUGAAAAAGAAAAAGUUGGGACAGCACAUUUGAAAGAUGCUCCAAUAAUAAGGUCUAUUACAUCUAUGGAAGAUAAACCAAGCAAUGAUCUUAAUCUACCAGUUGGUUUUUAUAUGCCAAAGAAAUAGUAAGAUAUUUUCUAUACGUACAUAAAUUCAUAAGAGACUUCUUUAAAUAAUGUCGAAGAAUCAGAUGGAAAAAAAGCAAAUUUCACACAUAUAGAGAUUACGGAAAAAUCAGCAGUAAAUGAUAUGGAAAAACAAGAACAAUUAUCUGUUUCAUGUGCAUCUGAUGCAUCGUCAGAUGAAUUAGAAUCAGAUUAUGAAACUGCAACAUCAGAUAUUGAAGGCAAAACAGAAGACUUAACUGAGAAAUUUGCUGAAUUGAAAUGCAAUCCGACAGAUUUAGAAGUUGGUGAGGGUGAACACACAGUGGAUGAUAUUCUUGCUCCAGUUAACACAACAAUAUCCGAAGAUGAAAACAGUGAUGUAAAAUCAAAUGAAGAUGAUGAUGAGGAUGAUGAUGAUGAUGAUGAUGAUGAUGAUGAUGAUGAUGAUGACAGUGGUUGGAUUACACCAGCAAACAUUGGCGGCAAAAAGCAAAUGGAUUCGGGAAUUCUCGAGGAAAAAGCUGCUACUGUCGCGUGCUUGACGAUGGAUUUUGCAAUGCAAAAUGUACUUAUGCAAAUGGGACUGAAUGUAGUUGCAUUAGAUGGCAGAGUGAUCAAACAGAUGCGAACAUUCAUAUUCAGAUGUUAUGCUUGUUUUAAGACUACUAGUAUCAUGACAAAGAUCUUCUGCCCAUAUUGUGGUAAUAAGACACUGAAGAAAGUAGAAGUUACAUUAGAUGAGAAUGGAAAACAACAAAUCCAUAUAAAUUUUCGGAGACCUCUCUCAGCAAAAGGAAAAAAGUUCCCAUUACCAAUGCAAGGUGGAAAACAUGCAAACAAUCCCAUUUUGUGCGAGGAUCAACCAAUGCCAGAGCAACGUCCAUCACGAUUGGCGCGUACUAAAAACAAUCCACUUGAUGAUGAUUAUAUAGCUGGAUAUUCUCCAUUCGUUACGCGUGAUAUAAAUUCGAAAUCGGCUAUGUUGGGAAUAAGACCGGACGGCGUUGUUAAAUAUUGGAUGAAAAGAAAUCCUAAUGAAUCCAGAAAGAGACGAAAAUAAAAAUGAUUAGUUAUUAAA